CGGGGAGGAGAAUCUUCUGACCCAGGAGGCUGAGACACAGCUGGACACUUGCCACAAACUAGUCCAUGGCUGAGAAGGGAUAACAUCCAGGUCUCCCGGUUCCCACCCAAGCUUUUUCUCUUGUGCCUUAAACUUGCUGUGUGACCUCAGGCCAGUCACACGACCUCUUUGAUCUUCAGUUUCCUCAGCUGCGAGAUACAGAUAUGAAUGGGUGUGCAGACACCACCAUGUGUCCGGCGUACGCAACCUGCACCAACACUUCAACAAGUUACUACUGUACUUGCAAAAAAGGCUUCCUGUCCAGCAAUGGACAGACGAAGUUCAGGGACCCACAAGUGGAAUGCAAAGAUGUAGAUGAAUGUUCUCAAAGCCACCCACCAUGUGGUCCUAACUCAAUCUGCAGAAACCUGCCGGGGAGGUAUAAGUGCAAUUGUUUGCCUGGUUUCUCUUCUCCCACUGGAAAUAACUGGAACCCAGGAAAGCCAGGUCAUUUCACCUGUACAGACAUUAAUGAAUGCCUCAACAGUGGGAUCUGCCCAGAGCACUCUGAGUGUACCAACUCUUUGGGAAGCUACAGGUGCAGCUGUCAAGUUGGAUACACCUCUAAAAACUCCAUCUGUGAAGAUGUGGAUGAAUGUGCUGAUCCCAGAACUUGCCCAAAGCAUUCAACUUGCCACAAUAGUCUUGGAAGCUACUCUUGUGCCUGCAACCCAGGAUUUGAAUCCAGCAGGGGAAAGAUGAGUUUCCAGGGCCUGGGAGAGACUUGUGAAGAUGUGGAUGAAUGUUCCAGGAACUCCACACUUUGUGGUCCCAGUUCCGUCUGCACCAACAUCCUGGGAAAAUACAGUUGCUCCUGCCUGCCAGGGUUCUUUUCACCUGGUUUGUGGAGCCCUGAGAAACCUGAGGCUUUCAAGUGUACAGAUAUUGAUGAGUGCCUUGAUAAGUGCCUUUUCAACGCGACAUGCACCAACACCCCCGGGAGCUACUUUUGUACCUGCCACCUUGGCUUUGCACCAAGCAAUGGACAGCUCAACUCCAUAGACCCAAAAGGGGACUGCAUAGAUAUUGACGAAUGCCUCCAGGAUCCAUCACCCUGUGGCCCAAAUUCUGUCUGCACCAAUACCCUGGGCUCCUACAGCUGUGGCUGCAUGGUGGGCUUUCAUCCCAAUCCAGAAGUCUCCUGGAAAUAUGGCAACUUCAGCUGCAAAAGGGUUCCCUUCAAGUGUAAAGAAGAUGUGAUACCCAACAAUGAGUGGGCCCAGCUAUGCCAAGUGGGAGCAGCAGUGGAGCCUGGAUAUGUUUCCUUCUGUGCACUGAUGAACGCCACCCUCGGCAUUCUGGAUGACGUCUGUAAAAACAAAACCACCGUCGUCUCUCUGAAGAGUACGGCUGAGAGCUUUGCCUCUGUGAUUGAACAAACAUCCGUGUGGUCCAACUUCACCAAAGAGAAGACAUCUACCCUGGCCACAGUCUUACUGGAGAGCGUGGAAAGCACCACUUUAGCAGCUCUUCUGAAACCCUCAGCGAAUGUCAGUCAGACGAUUCAGACGGACCACUUAGACAUUGAGAGCAAAAUUAUCAACAAAGGAUGCACUGAAGAGAAUGAGGUCUUUAGUUUGAAAGCGAAAGGGGAUGAGAUGAAGAUCUGGUGCUCCACAAUCGAAGAAUCUGAAUCCACAGGGGUCAACGGGGUGGCUUUUGUCUCCUUUGCGGGUAUGGAGUCCGUUUUGGAUGAGCGCUUCUUCCAAGACCCUCAGAUCCCCUUGGCCAACUCCAAGAGGAAGUUGAAGUUGAAUUCUCGCAUUGCUGGGGGCAUCAUAACAGGAGAGAAGAAAGAUGGGUUCUCUAAACCAGUCACCUACACCCUGGAGAACAUUGAGCCAAAGCGGAAGUUUGAGAGUCCCAUCUGCGUUUCCUGGAGCACAGAUGUUGAAGGAGGUAGAUGGACACCGUCUGGCUGUGCAGUCCUUGAAGUUUCUGAGACGCACACUGGCUGCAGCUGUAAUCGAAUGGUGAACUUGGCCAUCAUCAUGGCUGCUGGGGAGCUCACGAUGGAGUUCACUUUGUACAUCAUUAGCCACGUGGGCAUGAUCAUCUCUUUGGUGUGUCUCACCGUGGCCAUCAUCACCUUCCUGCUGUGUCGUACCAUCCAAAACCACAACACCUACCUCCACCUGCACCUCUGCGUGUGCCUCUUCUUGGCCAAGAUUCUCUUCCUCACCGGUGUAGACAAGACCGACAAUCAGAUGGGCUGCGCCAUCAUCGCGGGCUUUCUGCACUACCUUUUCCUCGCUUGCUUCUUCUGGAUGCUGGUGGAGGCUGUGAUGCUCUUCCUUAUGGCCAGGAACCUGAAAGUGGUGAAUUACUUCAGCUCUCGAAACAUCAAGAUGAGGUAUCUCUGUGCCUUUGGCUACGGGCUCCCGGCGCUGGUGGUGGCUGUCUCUGCCAUCAUACAACCACAAGGUUAUGGGAUGUACAAUCGCUGCUGGCUGAAUACAGAGACAGGGUUUAUCUGGAGUUUCCUGGGGCCAGUGUGCACAAUUAUAGUGAUCAAUUCCAUCCUCCUGACUGGGACACUGUGGAUCCUGAGGCAGCAGAUUUCUAGCAUCAGUACUGAAGUCUCCAAGCUCAAAGACACCAGGUUACUGACAUUCAAAGCCUUUGCUCAGAUCUUCAUCUUGGGGUGUUCCUGGGUGUUGGGCAUUUUCCAGUUUGGACCCAUGGCCAAUAUCAUGGCUUACUUGUUCACCAUCAUCAACAGCCUGCAAGGAGCCUUCAUCUUCCUCAUUCAUUGUCUGCUCAACCGCCAGGUACGGGAAGAAUACAGAAGAUGCAUGACCAGGAAGACCAAACCCAGCUCCCAGUCCGAGACCUCAGGGAUCGUACUGUCAUCUGUUCCCUCCACUUCCAAAACGGGUUAAAGUCCUUUCUUGCUUUCAAAUACACUAUGAAACAACAUUUCGGGAAAGCAGGUGCCUGCAGGAGCCUUCUCUGAAAUCUUUUCUUCUCGGCUUAAUAUGGAAAUGCAGGAUCCUGCCAGCCCCAGAGCUCUCUGGGAAAUUCGGAUCAUGGACGGAUAUGUGGGAUGGUCUCCCCAUGGCUUCAUGCCCUGCUGAGAAACAAGAGUUCCUGUUCCAGCUUACCGUUUUAUCUUCUGUGUUCUGCAACUCUUUGACUUUCCAGAGUUUUGCGGAGAUAACAGAUUGCAGUGCAAUGGCGGGACCAAGAACUUCUGGCUACCAUUUUGUUUUGUCCUAAGUCCAUGGAUGUGUGGCUUCAAGAGUGCCUCUCCAGCAUCUAUCACAUGCUUGACACAGAGAGUAGCCCUCAAUAAAUGAUGUGUCUUCUGACUGACUGCCUUACCUUUCAACAAAGAACCCUCCUGCUUUUAUAGAAAUGGUCAGUAAAAUUGUAAGGAGAGCCUCAGGGGAUACAUAAAGCACACACACUUAUAGGCAGAAACACUUAAAAGAGUUAUUUUGGUAAGUAGGAGCAGUCAAAGGGAAUUAAGAGGUACAAACUUCUAGGUGUAAAAUAAAUAAGUGACAAAAAUGUAAGGUUCAGCAGAGUGAAUAUAGUCAAUAUUUUAUGAUAACUUUAUAUGGAGUAUAAUCUAUAAAAAUAUCAAAUUACCAUGCUGUACACCUGAAAGUAACAUAAUACUGUAAGUCAACUAUACUUCAAUUGAAAAAAAAAGAAGGAAGUGAAAAUUCAACAGGUAGAUCUCCCCUCUGUGGCCACUUUAAUAGCUCCCUAAUCAAAGUGUAGUCUGUGGACCAGAAGAAUCAGCCUCACCUUGUUAGAAAAGUAGGACAUCAGGUGCCACCCCAGAUCUGCUGAACCAGAGCCUGCAUUUUUUUUUUUUACUUUUUGUUUUGUUUUAUUUAUGUACUUUUUGGCUGCGUUGGGUCUUCGUUGCUGUGCACGGCCUUUCUCUUGUUGCGGUGAAUGGGGGCUACUUUUCAUUGUGGUGCACAGGCUUCUCUUUGCGGUGGCUUCUCUUGCUGUGGAGCAUGGGCUCUGGGCAUGCGGGCUUCAGUAGUUGCAGCACAUGGACUCAGUAGUUGCAGCACGUGGGCUCUAGGGCACGUGGGCUUCAGUAGUUGUGGCAUGUGGGCUCAGUAGUUGUGGCUCGCGGGCUUUAGAGCACAGAGAGCCUGCAUUAUAAUGAGAUCCCCAGGGGAUUUGUGUUGUACUCAUGAAUGUUCUAGAAUAUUCUAGAAUAUUCUUCUGUUUUCCAUGCUGAUAGCUCAGCUUGUCUUUAAAGCCAGAAGGGAAACAUUUAUUUUGGGACUUUACACCUGCCAUUCCCUCUUCCUAUGACAUUUUUCCUCAAAAUCUGAUUCAUUGUUAUCCUCUCUUUGAGUCUCAGCUUAGUCAUCACUUCCACUAGGAAAUAUUCUUUGAAUCUCUCUUUUUUAAAAAAGUGAAGUAUAGUUGAUUUACUAUAUUAUAUUAUUCUUUGAAUCUCUUGAAGUAGGAUUAGAUAUCAUCUCUGUGUGUCUCCUAAGGCUUUGUUGAGCUGAAACAAAUAGACUGCCAGAUAUUUCUCCAGCAAAAAUGGGUUUAUUUGGUAUCAGUGGAGAAUUGCAAUUCAGGGUCUGCAAUAUGCAACGUGCGGUGAGCCACAUGCAAGUUCCUGUACAGCAAGGGAAAGAGAACUCUUUUAAAGAGAGGAAAAGGAAGUUAAGAGGGCUAUAGUAAACAAAGAGUCCAAGGCUUUUAUUGGCUGAGUCCUUGCCAGGAAAGAAGAGAAGUCUUUCUUUUUCUUGGGCUCUGCUAUCGACACAGGACUUGAGAACUCCCUUUUAUAACCUCCCAAAACUAUUUACUUUAGCUCUCUGUUUAUUAAUUCUUUUUGUACAACUUCAUGCUUUCUAGCCCUGUACUAUAAUUUCCCUUUUUUUGGGGGGGUGUCUCCAACAAACUCUGAACUCCAUCUGUACAGAGAAUUGUAUUUAGUAGUUUCUCCAUAAAUACAUUGAAUGAAUGAGGGAAUGAAUGAAUUCUCUCCUUUUUAAGCUGAGACCCAGAGAGCUUAAGUACCUUUCUCAGCAUUACACAGCUGUAGGUGGUUGAGCUGGGCUUUGAGCUCUUGAUAACAGAGCUCCUCUUCCAGACCCCUGGCCCCUUGCCUUCUCUUCCUUUGACCUCAGGAAUUCUUGGGGACACAGAGAAGAGACUAAAUAUUUACUUUGAAUCAACUUACCACUUAGGAUUCAAUUGGCUCAGUAAUAAUCAUGUGUUGGACAAUUUGAUAGCAACAUUAAACUUGGUUGUCAGAGGCUUGGUUUUUGUCAUUUGUGGCAGCCACAACUUGGGAGGGGGUUGACACAUGUUUACAAACAAGGGUUCAUUUAUGAUAGGUGGGUCUUCAAUGCUUGGCUUAUCCAGAGUGUUCAGUACAGCGGUGACAGUUCUAAGGGAUAUUGAAAUGAGAUUGCACAGCUCUUACAUUUAGCCAAUAUAGGUAGAUUGAUUGCAUCAGUGGCCUCAAGACGUGUCUCCAUGUCUCCACACCCCUUCCCCUGCAACUUUGUAACUCCUUCCCACUCUGACUCAGACUUGGCUUUGAGACUCGCUUUGGCCAAAGGAAUAUUAGCAAGUGUGACUCAGAGGUUUCAAAAGUGAGUGUGCCAUUCUUUUUUCCCUUUACAUGGUUAAUCUUGCUUGAUUUUGCAUACCUGCCUCUGCCAUGAGAAUAUGCCCAGGAUAAACUGCUGGACAUAUGUGAGAAACAUAUGGAAGACAGUUUAGUAAUCCUAUUAUACCAGCUGAGGUUUUCCAUAAUCAGCCACCUAGCCAACUUGUAGCUGACUGUGGUCAUAUGAGUGAGCCCAGCCAAGAUCAGCACACUGCCCCAGCCAACCCACAGACUCAGCAGCAACAAUCAAGCCUCAUUUUUUUCAGACACUUAGUUUCAUGAGUGGUUUGCUAUGAAACAUUACUUGUGGUAAUUGCCCCAUCUGACACAGUAGCCAAUGGGUUGUCAACAUUUUGCAUUUGAUUGCAACAACUUGAAAUAGGCAAAGAGAAAGGUUGGAUCUCCAUUUCCUCUUAGUUAUUAGGACCUAUAAAUCUAUAAUGGUUGAAUUAAAGUUCUUUCUGAAGAA